CACCGAAUUCUGUGUGUCUCUCCCUCUCUCAUGGCAUGACUAUGUGGGCCCCGCUGCCCAGCCACUCCGCCAGGCUCUCCAUGUCGGCAUCGUCACCACCACCACCACCACCAUUUGCACCAGCACCCGGCCCCUCGUCGAUGUCCAUCCCUUUCCCCUCCCCCUCUCCCUUUCCCUCUCCCUCUCCCUCACUACCGUCAUCGCCGCCACCAUGGUCCGAUGAGUCCUCCUCUGCGGCCAGCCGGCACCGCGCCACGUCCACGCGGCACUGCCAGUCCGAUGCUCGCGCCAUGUCCUCCAUGCGCCUCCGCAGUGGAGCCAGCACACGCUGAUCGUUCCAUACCAUCGGCUGCCGACUCCGCCCCUUGCCGCGUGACGCCCUCCUCUUGGGCGACGCGGCCUCAUCCCCCGCUGUCUCGGCUGGGUCUGCUACCUUGACCACCUCGCCCUCACGCCCCCCGCACCACUGGCCGCACAGCACCUCCUCCCCCAGCCCACCAAACACGGGCAGCGUCUCCUCGACGGCGGCGCGCUUGGCUUUGGGGAGGGGCCGGGCGUCGCUGUCCGACGGGCCGGGUGAUGGGAGGGGGCUGCGGGUGCGCUUCUUGCGGUUCUGUCGCAGCACCAUGCCGUGUGCGUUGGGGCCGCUGGCGAAGGGGUCGGGCUCCUGCUCUGGGUUCGGAGGUGACGACAGCCGGUAGCGGUGGUGCUGGGAGACGGUGGGCGACGGCACGUCGGGUUCCGGUGCCGGUGCCCGGCUGCAUGAAAGGGUGAAAGCACCAAGGACCAGCUCGAGAUCUAUCUUGGCAGCGGGCGAUGCAGUGGCCACGUCAGCGGGGAAGGGGUGCGUCGACAGCACCUGCCGCGAAAGCCGCAGCUCGGCCGCCAGCGACCUCUUCGCACACCUGCGACACACACACACACACACACACGUUCAGCUGCAUGGGGGGGCCAUUGCACAUCUGCCUGAUUGCCUGGCCGCCUACCCUUCUGUGUGUUCAUGGUCCUCCUUGGGUGGUGUGUCAUCCUCCCCAUUGCAGUCGUCUGCCGGGAGUGAGGGCGUCUUGAGGGCCACCACGGGUGAGGGGUUGGUGGCCAGAGCACCAUUCGAUGACAGAGUGCCCAACCGGCUGCUGGAUCACACACACACACACACAAAAGAAUGCACGGAGCUUUAGCUUGAUCUCUUGUCGCCCUUGAGGUCACACACAUACAUGUUGGAUGGGGGUGGCGGUGGGGGUGCUGGCGGCUUCACCCUCGACGACCGCAGCUGGUCCACCAAACGAGCCCUUAAUCGACAGAGAGGCAGGCAGGCAGACCGAAGAGUACUCAUGAAGAGGGGGCUCCGUGCGGUGCGUCCUCUCUUUCAUGUCAUCCAUACUCACUUUGGCCUGUUGCCUGCCGGCUUUCCCCGCUGGCUCUGGCCGUAUCCAGGCAAGUGCACGGGCAGAUGACCUCUCCUCAACUCAAACGGCGCUAUGCUGAAGAAGAGGGAGGAAGAGAGCAGCAGCAUCGGCUCCUGCGUGUGUCUGUGUAGAGCCUCUGUCUCUGUCUGACCUCCUGCUGGCAUCCAUCGGCUGCCUGCCAUCGUAGUACUGAUACCCUCCCUCCCACCCAUCAGCCCCGCGCUCCCCACACACACCACUGCUACCGCCCAGCUCCCCAGCCUCCUCUCGCUUGGCUCUCGGCUUCUGUCUCUUGGGCUUGCUCCUGACCUUUCUGGGUGCGCGUGGCUCGUAGACGCCGUCGUCGUCAUUGUCCGCAAUGUCGCCGGCGAAGCGGUCCUCGGCGCGAGCAUUGUCCUCGACGAAUAGGUCCAGCGCCGAGAUCAUCUCGGCUGCGAAGGUGCUCGGCGCUGCCCUGUCGGCGGGCGGCGAGGACUUCUUCUUGCGUGGCGGCGGAACGAGGGCAGCGUUGAUGAGCUCCUUGGCUGAGUUGAGCCGGAGGAUCUCGUACCUGGGGGAACCUGCAGGCAGAGAGACACAGACACACGAGGGAGGGAGGGAAGGGAAUAUGGACGAAGAAAGGGUUGUUCCCUCCGUACCACUUGAGGGGCUGCUCCAGGACGGCGUGGAUUCGUCACUAUCGCCAACGACCGUCUGCAAGCCUGCAAAGGACACAGCGACAAAGGCAAUCGAGACGCAGGUGUUUGUGUGCGUUGGAGCCUCAGUCCCCGCCCACCUAUGAUGGCCACCUUUGACCGGGGGUCGGUAGUCAGAUUCGCCAGCAACGACAGCGGCAACAUGUCCAUGUGCGUGAUCACCACGAACCUGCACACAACACAAUCGCAUCAGACACCAGAAGACCGCACAACAGCAUCCCUCCCUCUCUCCAUCCAUCCAUCCAUCCAUUCAUCCAUCCAUCCAUCCAUCGCUGUGACCCGCCCACCCACCAGAUGGUCUUCUUCCACUUGAGCCGGUCGAGCAUCCUCUCCACCAGCAGAUGAGGGUCAACGGGGCCACCAGCCGGCGGGUCUCGGCUCCUCUCAAGCAUGUCGUGCACCUCACGCAUGAUCCCCGCCCUGCCGCCCUUGGUCCGCCCCCACAUCGCCAUCGAGAUGGUCCGCAGCACCGCCACAACAUCGUAGGUGCCGCUCCGGCUGUCGGACGGCGAGAGGCGCACCACGUUGGGCUGGAAGGGGGUCUGCUUGGUCUUGGCGUAUGUGGCCAUGUGGGAAGUGAGGGUGCUCUGGACGAGCUUCUCCACCUCGCGAGCGUUGGAUAUCGUCGAACGGACCACCAUGAGAUCUCCACAGCCCUCACUAUUGCAUCUGCACCACACCCACACACGCAGUGGCACAGACAAGUCUGGGACCCAAUUGAAUGCGCAUCUAUCCACGCACACUGCGUCACAGAUGAUCUCACAGAUGGCCAUGCAUGUGUCAGGACAGCCCAACAGAGCCUCACGACACCUCACACCAUUGCAGUGCUCCACUGAGUCCACCGAAUCGGUGAUCUCACCUUGAGAUGAAGGCCUCGACUUCCUCCAUCUUGCUAUGGGUGGCAGAUUCCAGCUGCUGAGCCAUCGCGGGCGACAGCCUUGCCCCUGGGAGGGCUGGCAACGACGUCAUGAUGACGCCGCAGCUCGUCAGGCCGCCGCAAAAGGAGGAAAGAAAGGAUGGUCGCGGCCUCGCCAUCUGUCGGUAAUGCUGAUGGAUAGGGAUGGCAUAAUGGAGCCCUCUAGGUGCUAGAAAGCCGAAUGGGCUUGGUCAGACGCG